UCGCUGAUCGGAUGCGGUUGUGGUAGUAGUGAUUUUGUGAUUAGAAGUGCAGCGCAUCGUUCUAGUCUUUUCGCAAGGACAUUCGCAUAAUGGAAUUGUUCCGCGUAGUUUUCAGUUUAGCUUGCUUAAUCGUUUCUCCAGUGGUUGCUUCGUUCAGCUGCAUCGAAUCAGCCAAAGGCUACUGUGUGGUGGAACAUGUCACCGAACCGUACGAUAGCUUUCCGGGCGACCAAACGGCUAUCUGGAUUCGCAAUAGUACCCUUCCGAGGAUCAAUCGAACUCUCUUCGAGCGGCUUCCCAACGUUGAGAAUCUCAUGAUCCAUCGGUUGCAGAUCGAGCAGCUAACGCUCGAUGGCUGCCCAGCGCUUGAUACGUUGUUCGCCAGCUACAAUGCGAUCGAACGGGUUGACGUCAUCACCGAGGGACUCCCGUUGCGUCAGUUGCAUCUGUACCAGAAUCGACUCACCGACAUCGAAAGCCUGCAGAAGUUGACCUCCCUCGAGCAGCUCUAUUUGCACGAAAAUCUACUGGAAACGCUGCAUUUCGAAGUGUUUGUACCGCUCGAGCAGCUCAAGAUUCUUACUCUGCAGCGCAAUCGAUUGAAGCGGAUCGUAACCAGCAUGGCCAGCGGUGCUCCGCUAGUGAUGCCUCGGUUGGAGCAGCUGUUCCUGCAGUUCAAUCUGCUGCCAUACCUCGAUACGGGUCUUUGGCGCAUGGAGCGACUUCGAGUGCUCGAUCUAAGCCACAAUCAGCUCGGCUACUUGUUAACGUUUCUCGAAGAGUUACCGGCACUGCGAUCGCUCGAGUUACAUCACAAUCCCUGGAAUUGUGGCUGGCUGUACGGAAUGCUGGAGCGGGUGAAGGCCCGAGCCAUCGUCGUUACUGGCGACACGGCAGACUGUGCACCAGAAGAGGAAUCGGUGAUACUGGUCGAUCAAACGUGCUGCCGUGAGAACGCUUCAACGCCCGAUCCCGUACUGCUGCUCGUUAGCCGUACUGCGAUCGUAGACGAGCUGCAGCAUCGGGUACGCGACGCAAAGAAGCAGAUCGAGCUGCUCGAGGAGGCACAGCGGAAGCAGCGUCAUCAGUUUCAAGAGCUAGCAGGAAGACUGGCGAGUCUCGAGACGUUAUGUACGGGUGCUGCAGUCAAAAGUCAAGUGCCAAAAAAAUAAUAUACAGUAAAACCGACGAAA